UGCAGCUCUGCAGAGCGUCGCUUUCCUUCGAGGUUGAUAUCCUUCACUUCCUGUUCUUGUCCUCCAGAGCAGCAAUAUUUCACACACUAUUGUUCUUACUCGACAUCUCUGAGCUCUACUUUGGCUGAAAAGAGGUCAAAAGGUCACUCUUUCACCACCACGCUGGCUGGCCGGCCUUGUCGAUCUUGGAUUUUUAAUUUUUUUUUAAUUAUACAUUAAGGCCUUCAAAGGAUGCCUUAAUACCAUACAACUCAGCUUGUGGACAGGUUUUUAAAAAGGUACUGAGGAUGGCGAUGACACUAACGGAGUUCACUCGCUCUCUGGACCCUGAAACGCUGCCCAGGAUUCUGCAGAUUCAGUCUGGGAUUUACUUUCAAGGUUCUGUGUAUGAGCUCUUCGGGAGAACAUGCUGCCUCUCGACUGGAGACCUGAUGAAGAUAAUCAACAUCACCAUCACCAGAUUCAUCGCACACACUUCAGACGGGACGGAUAUCAACCUGCCUUUAGAUUAUCCAGGUCUCUUUAGGAUCGUAGCAGACCCUGAACCUUAUCUGAGCAUCCGAGAAAUCGUGUACUCGCUGAAGAUUGGAACUCACGUACUCAGCCAACCGGUGUUCCUGUCCUCGGCGAAAAUUGUUCUCCCACAAGGCUCACUGAACAAGGGAGAGAUCUUCCGAAUUACCUCCACCCUUCACGAUGGUGAGGAAGGCUAUGUUGUAUGCGAGAUCCUUCAUCAAGAACCGAAGUUCUGCUUCACGCUUGGCCUCUCGCAGCAAGGGAAUUUCAUGGAGUGUGAGGAUGAUCAAUUUUACACACUCCAAGAGCUCGCCAUGUGGAAAAUCCCUAAUGGAAGGAAGAGAGUUGUGACUGUAGCAAAAGACCUGCCCGUAAAGGAUUUGCUGUUUUCCAAUUUGUUGGAAAACGUGUGUGGAGAGUUGACGUUAACUCCUGUGUACGAGUUACAAGCCGUCAUGUCAGUGGGGAAGAACAUAGUCGUCAUUCCAUCCAACCUGGAUGUGGAAGUCAUGGAUGUGACGGAUCAGUUUGACACCAGCUCCUUCAUUCAGCCACUUUCCCUUCAGGAUGUGUUCCAAAAACCUUCCGAGAUCUUCCCCUUUGUGGCUGAAGUGAUUGAAAGACCUACAACUGAAGGGAACAUGCCAGAAGAGUUGGCAUCCCUGUUAGCUUGCACACAAAUAAUCGUCCAUGGUGCUUACAAAGCCAAGCGGAUCCUUGCCACGGAAAUCCGGCAAGAAUCACCCAGACACUUCUUGAUUCCCACAAGCUAUAAUGGACGGCUAAAGCGGCGGCCUCGUGAAUUCCCGACGGCAUACGACCUAAAACGAGCACAAAGUGACACUGAAAAACUGCAUGUUGUAGCUACUAGAGCUUUUGAUUCCAUUUACGAUGGUUUGGCAUCUGUUCUUGCAGGGGAUGAGUUUCAAGUGAAGAAAAAAGAACCUGUUGAAACUGGAAAAAUGAUGGAUUCCCUGAUGUGUUUGAAGAUUAAAGGGAAGUCUCAUGAGGCUGUGCGUCUCCCGAUGUUUUUAGACGGCGGAUUUAUGGAAGUCGUCCAUGAUAAACGACAGUACUCCCUUUCAGAGAUUUGCCGUUGGUUCCCUUUGCCAUUCAACGUCAAGGUUUCUGUUCGUGAUCUUUCAUUAAAGGAGGACAUUUUGGCUGGAGUUCCAGGCCUACGCAUUGAGGAAGAAAUCGUUGACCCUUAUUUGCUCAUCUCGACCACUGACCUCUCAAGCUGGUCGGAGAUCCCAGUAAACCGCACCCACAUGACCCUUCACAUGGAUAAAAGAUGGAACGACGGGGAACCUUCGUGCAGCGUCAACUCGUUUGUUGAAGAGAUUUCUGAGAAAUGUUACUACACCAUGAGGAGGUAUGCUGUAGCCACAGUAACACCCCCACCACGACCUCCGAAAACACCCAAACGACCUCCAGAGCGACCGGUCAGGACACAGCUGGCAAAACCUGACAAAUCCACCACCUGCUCGCUAAAGCCUGCAGCGGUGAGCCGAGAAAGUUCCACAGAUUGCACGAUGACGGAAAGUGAGAAAAAUGCCAUAAUUCCUGCUACAUUACCCAGAACUACUGUACAGAAAGCUGUCAGCAGAGGCCGCAGUAUGGAAGAUGUGUGUCUAAACCAAGCGGACGACGACGACACACAUGAUUAUGAAUACAUCGAUGAAGACGAACUUGAGAACAUCAGGAGGCAGUUCAAUGAACAAUCCAUUAGCAUUUCUGCUAAAGCUAAACCAAAUAACGCGAUAUAGCUGUCAUAUAAUUACACUAUAUGGAAAAGAAAGUUAGUUACAGUGAAACAACAACAACAACAAACAACUCCCUGAAGAAUUUUCCCCCUCAGCUAGCCUGUUGUUAGCAUGCGCUAGCACAUAUUAGCAUGUUAUAAACAGAGACCUCUUCGUGCUCCUCUCAGCAGAAGGAAAUGUUCACAUUUAUUCUUUGGACAGGAAAAUGUCAUUGUGAUAAGCAGUUAUGAUCACUUUAACACAGUGUUAGCAUGCUAGCAAAUGUGAUAUUGAAUUGGAGUAAGAGCUCUAAAAUCACUGCUAUUUUUUUAAUUCACCCCAGUAUACAAAAGGUUAACGUGUGAAAAGACUUACUUGGGAAAACAAGUAUGAUGCCAUUUUUUUCAUGAUUAGCUUUUAUCUGAGAUUGUAGUUUUGAUGCUAAUUCUGAAAAUGUGUACAAGAAAACCAGAAAAAAACCCCACCAAAA